AUUCUACCUGCAUGUGAUUAUAAUUUAACAAAAACCAAGGGGCAUUUUGAAAUGUCCUCGUCUCUCUUCAGUUUUCAACUCUUCUUCGUCGAAAAAAUUUAGAUGGAGAGAGAGAUCGAUCGAUCUCCAUAGAACCCUAAUUAGGGUUUAUCAAAAUUCCAUAAAUCCCCAUUAAUUUGAUUACGUAUUCACUUAUCCACUAACCAAACAGUUUCUAAACCGUAAAUUAAUUAAUUCUACCUCUGAAGUGAAAAACCAAAAGCCAUCACAUGAAACCUCCAGCGAUUAGAGUUUUCUUGAUCUGUUUCUUAUUAUUCACCACUUCCAUUCAUGGAGAUGAGUCCAAAAAGAACAAAUUUCGAGACCGAGAAGCCACGGACGAUGCCCUUGGUUACCCUGACAUAGAUGAGAACGCGUUGUUGAAUACACAGUGCCCUAAAAAUCUAGAGCUGAGAUGGCAAACCGAAGUGAGUUCUAGCGUUUACGCUACUCCAUUGAUUGCCGAUAUCAAUAGUGACGGAAAACUUGAUGUAGUGGUUCCUUCUUUUGUUCACUAUCUUGAAGCUCUAGAAGGUUCUGAUGGAGACAAAAUCCCAGGUUGGCCUGCAUUCCACCAGUCAACGGUGCAUGCAAGUCCUCUCCUAUAUGAUAUUGACAAGGAUGGUGUGAGGGAGAUUGCUUUGGCUACUUACAAUGGUGAAGUUCUCUUCUUCAGGGUUUCAGGAUACAUGAUGACUGAUAAACUGGAAGUGCCUCGUAGGAGAGUUAAAAAGAAUUGGUAUGUGGGUCUGGAUCCAGAUCCCGUGGAUCGUUCUCACCCAGAUGUUCAUGAUGACCAACUUGUCUUAGAGGCUACUGAGAACAAAUCACAGUCUCACACAACUGGAAAUACACAUCAAAAUACACCUGAAACAAAUUCUUCGAUUUCUACAUCAACAGAAAAUAGUCAUCCAGCAAAUGCAUCCAUUGAGACUGGAAAGAAAAUGAGCGAGAAUCAAACGAAAACAAUGAUCAAACUGUCCUCGCAAGUCGAUAAUUCUUCUGUAGGUGCUGGGUCAAAUGGAACAGAUAAUGCUCAGAAUGGAACCAAUAAAACUCAGAAUGGAACCAUUACAGUAGAGAAGGAAACCAAUAAUGCAGAGAAUGGAACAAACACUGGAAGAAGGCUUCUCGAAGAUGACAAUUCAAAGGGCUCACAUGAAGGUGGCUCAGAAUCUAAAGAGAAUGACCAUGAAAAUGUUCAUGCGGCAACUGUUGAAAAUGAUGAAGGGUUAGAAGCAGAUGCAGAUUCAUCUUUUGAGCUAUUCCGUGAAAGUGAUGAAUUAGCCGAUGAGUACAGUUAUGACUAUGAUGAUUAUGUUGAUGAAUCCAUGUGGGGAGAUGAAGAAUGGAAAGAAAGGAAGCAUGAGAGAUUAGAGGAUUAUGUGAAUAUUGACUCGCAUAUCUUGUGCCCUCCUGUGAUUGCUGAUAUUGAUAAUGAUGGAGUAACUGAAAUGAUUGUUGCAGUUUCGUAUUUCUUUGAUCAUGAGUAUUAUGACAAUCCUGAGCAUUUGAAAGAGCUUGGUGAUAUUGAUGUUGGGAAAUAUGUUGCCAGUUCUGUUGUUGUAUUCAACCUUGAUACAAAGCAAGUUAAGUGGACUCGAGAACUAGAUUUAAGUACAAGUACUGCAAAGUUUCGUGCAUAUAUAUACUCUUCGCCUUCGGUGGUUGAUUUGGAUGGUGAUGGGAACUUGGACAUUCUUGUUGGGACUUCAUUUGGCUUGUUCUAUGUCCUGGAUCAUCAUGGAAAUAUUAGGGAAAAUUUCCCUCUGGAAAUGGCUGAAAUUCAAGGUGCUGUAGUUGCAGCUGAUAUCAAUGAUGAUGGAAAAACUGAACUAGUGACCACUGAUGUACAUGGAAAUGUUGCUGCAUGGACAUCACAAGGAAAAGAAAUUUGGGAAAAGCACCUUAAGAGUCUUGUUUCCCAGGGUCCAACUAUAGGCGAUGUUGAUGGGGAUGGCCAUACUGAUGUUGUAGUCCCUACACUAUCAGGUAACAUAUAUGUUCUUAGUGGCAAGGAUGGUUCUAUUGUUCGGCCUUACCCAUACAGAACUCAUGGGAGAGUGAUGAAUCAAGUUCUUCUUCUUGACUUAAGUAAACGUGGGGAGAAAAACAAGGGACUCACACUUGUUACAACAUCAUUCGAUGGUUAUCUUUACCUUAUAGAUGGACCAACUUCUUGUGCUGAUGUUGUUGAUAUUGGUGAAACUUCAUAUAGCAUGGUCUUGGCAGACAAUGUUGAUGGUGGAGAUGAUCUUGAUCUCAUAGUUUCAACAAUGAAUGGAAAUGUCUUUUGCUUUUCAACUCCUGUUCCACAUCAUCCCCUGAAGGCUUGGAGAUCUAAUAAUCAAGAAAGAAACAAUGUAGCAAACCGCUACAACCGUGAAGGGGUGUAUAUUAAACCUUCAUCAAGAAGUUUCCGUGAUGAGGAGGGGAAGAGCUUCUGGGUGGAAUUUGAGAUUGUGGACAAGUAUAGAAUCCCGUCUGGGUCUCAAGCACCUUAUAAUGUCACUACAACCCUGUUAGUUCCUGGCAAUUAUCAAGGUGAACGACGGAUAAAGCAAAAUCAAAUCUUUGACCGUCCAGGAAAAUAUCGGAUAAAACUUCCAACAGUUGGAGUGAGAACUACUGGAACUGUUUUGGUGGAGAUGGUUGAUAAGAAUGGACUCUAUUUCUCAGAUGACUUCUCGCUUACAUUCCACAUGCAUUACUAUAAACUGCUGAAGUGGCUCCUUGUCCUCCCAAUGCUUGGAAUGUUUGGUGUGCUUGUCAUCCUUCGUCCACAAGAGGCCGUGCCCUUGCCAUCAUUUUCAAGGAAUACUGACUUGUGAUUAUCAUAUUCCACCCGAUACCCAUGAUGUGCCAAGCUGACCAAAGGGAAACGGUAGUUUCAGCCGAACAAAGGCUGGAUCCUAACGGCGGCCAAGAUAAAAAUUUCAGGUCCAUGAGAAGUUUUUGGAAGUUGAUAUCGCAGAUAUUUGGCUAUGUAGGGAAGGUGAGUUUUUGGGCUGUACAAUGUUGGAACUUGUAAUAUACUUGAAUUGACUAGGUGGAUUGAAUUCAUAUACCAAACCCUGGAGGACGUACACAAAUGUCUCUCCAAAAUCAGAUACAUGUUCUGAAGAGCCUAGUCACAAUCCUUGAGGCAAUAGAUUAAUUAACAUUUGAAGCA